UCUUGAGCCGAAUCAGAGGGCCUACUGGCGCGAGAGUCGCCGGCGCCCGCGCGGGUUUCGGGCAUCUCCGCGCCCCCACGGUGUCGUGGCCUCAAGGGAACGUUGACGCGUCUGCUACCCACGGGGCCGGGCGGGAGGGAGGUUCGGCACAGCGGGGGACGUUCGCAAUGGAUUCCUGGGGGUCCCGUCGCCGCCAUUGGGCCCUCCCCGCCCCCCCCAGCGCUCCGGGCGCGGGCAGAGUCACGGGACAAAGGGCCCCGGGUGCGGGGGGGUGUCCCCGAGUCGGGUGCGCGGGUUUACUUCCUCUCCGGCCCGACGGGCGAGCUCCUCUUUUAGCCGAUCCCGAAGCCCGUCCCGCCACCGUCACCGCACCGGUGGCCUGGUUUCAUGGUACCAACAGGAGUAAUCCUACCCUGCGGAUCUAAUCCGGAUCGGGACCGGUCCUAAGGGAGGCCCCUACCAAUCUUCCUAUUGUUUUGGGGCCCAGGAGGUCCUGAAAAUGGUUAGCUGCCCUAUUCCGCUGACAAUUCAUUUGGAACUUUUGACGUUUGAUCAAGUGUCAAAUGGGGGGAAUGAAACGUUAUCACAAAUAGGUAAGAUUUCGAUGAGAGAAACAGUCGGGUCUGGGCCCCACCCGGUAGCGAGGAUCAUUUCCCUGGUUGCUAAUGCCGGUGACGACGACGGAACUCUAGGCCGAAGGCGGACCUCGCGAUGCCGGGGCCGAGCAGGGCAGGCGGGCCACGCGGAGGGAGUGCUGGGACCGAAGGUCGAGAGCGGCCGCCACGGUUCCCUCCGGCGCACCUGUCGGCUCAGGGACGCCACCGGAUACACGCCCCGGCCAGUCGGCCCUCCCGGAAGCUCGACCUCCUGACGCUUUGCUUCCGGUUCCGCUGGCUCCUUCCGGUCGCCAUGGCGACGGGGCGCCUGGGGGUCAGGGAGACGCUAGGGGCCCUCAACACGGCCCUGGGGUCUGGCGACCCCGUGUGGUUCAAAGAGACGCGCGCCCGCCACCUGCGCGCCCGAGACUUCCUGGCGCCGCGACCCGCACUGCAGGCGCGCUUCGGGGACGAACAGGUGCCCGAGCGUGUGGUCCGUGCAGUCGCCGGCCUGCAAGGCCCCGGCGUGGCCCCGGUGCUGCGCUGCGCGCCGACGCCCGCGGGUCUGGCACUCCAGCUGCAGCGGCCCGCCGUCUUCGAGCGCGUGCUCGGCGCCGUGGCCGCGUAUGCCGCGCCCGCCGCGCCCGCCGCGCCCGGCCCGCGCGUCCUCCUGCACUGCCCGGCGCUGCGCGGGGCUCCUGGCGCGCUCCGCUUGAGCCAGCUGCGCGCCGUGCUCGUGGCCGAUCAUUUGGCGCGAGCUCUGCGCGCUCAUGGGGCGAGUGUGCGGCUGGUGCCCGCCGUACGGGACCCGCACAUGCCGACCUUCCUGCAGCAACUACGCGUGGACUGGCCCGCUGCCUCCGAGAGAGCCGCCACCGAAGCCCUGAGGAGCCUCGCGCUUGCAGAGCUUAGCCCUGCCCCGGACGGGGGAGCCCUGCCCCCUGGCGUCCUGGGCACAGUGUGCCUGAAGGAGGUGAUGCAAGAACGGGGACGCGCAGCCGGCUAUGACCCCAACCUGGACAAGUGUCUGGUGACUGAGGAUCUGCUGUGCGUGCUGGCCGAGCUGCAGGAGGCUGUCCGCCACGGACCUGGGGACGGCCCUCCAGGCCUGGCAGCGGCCCCAGAUGCUGAUGAAGGCGGCUGCAUGGUUGUACACGUGGUGAGCUGUGAGGAGGAGUUCCAGCAACAAAAGUUGGACUUGCUCUGGUGGAAGCUGGAUGCGCAGGCUCCGCUCACACAGAGGCACCUGGUCUGCGGCCCAGUGAAAGUAGCUGGUGCACCCGGUGCCCUGACUGCCCCCGAGUACUACGAGCUCCGGCACGCCCAGGUGUGCAAGGCGUCGGCCCUGAAGCACGGCAGGGAGCUAGCCCGAGACCCGGCCUGGACAGAGGUGUUCAGCGUCCUCUCCGUGGCGACCAUCAAGUUUGAAAUGCUCAGCACAGCUCCGCAGAGUCAGCUCCUCCUGGCCCUGAGCGAUGGCAGCGUUUCCACAAAGGGCACCAAGAGUGGCACCUUCGUCAUGUAUAACUGUGCCCGUCUUGCCACGCUAUUUGAGGGGUACCAGCACAGCGUGGAACAAGGUCUGUACCCCACUUUUCCACCUGUGAGCAGUCUCGAUUUCUCACUGCUGCAGGAUGAGGGUGAGUGGCUGCUGCUCUUCAAUGGCGUGCUCCCCUUCCCAGACCUGCUGAGCCAGACUGCAGCCCUGGCGUGCGUGGCCCCGGGGCUCCACGCGACUGCGCGCACCGAGACGAUGUGCAAGUUCCUGGUUCAGCUCAGCAUGGAUUUCAGCUCAUACUAUAACCGCGUACACAUCCUAGGGGUAAGUACACAGCAAAGGGGGCGGGGGGCUUGCAGGGGUGCAAGGGAAGCAGAGGAAGAGACCAGCAGGCCCCUUCUCUCCUCCAGGAGCCUCGACCACACCUAUUUGGUCAAAUGUUUGCCCGUCUCCAGCUUCUGCGGGCUGUGCGUGAAGUGCUCCACGCUGGCCUAGCCACGCUGGGUCUCCCUCCACUGAACCACAUCUAAGGCCACAGAGACCCCGACAUCUAGGAAUGUUUACAAAGUCAUUACCUGGAAAAAAGAUACAAAGAUUCUGUUAGAGACCUGGAGCCAAAAUAAACUGCUUCUGUUACA